CAAAAAUUUUCGGCCUCUUACCUGACAAGUCCUUCAUCAUCGUCACUUCCCUAUACAAAACUCCUAAUCUUCCUUUCAAUCCACGCCACAUGAUCCCCCCGUAGCGCGCCGGCGAGUAGCUCUACCAUGAUGGCGGUUCGGGCCGUGAACGGCUGCUCCAUCUUCUGCUCCGCCUCCUCCGCUCCUCCUAUCCGUCUGUUCCGCUGUCGGUUCCACCGUCUGAGGACUCUGCCGCCUUUCCACCGGAGAGCGAGCUUCCUGCCCCCGGUACACCGGUCCGAGCUCAGCUCGUCCUCCAAUCAUGGAGGCCUCAGGAGCUUCUCUGUGGAGAGUAUCUUCGCGGGCGUCAUGGAAGAGCUCGAAGCUUUUCGCAAGCGGAAGCUAGUCUGCUCUGCUUCCAAGGUUGCUUUGACCAGCAGUGGAGAGCUUGUGGAAAACAAGCUUCAGAACAGAGCAUUGGAAAAAGGGGGGCUUCUCGAGUUUAAAAAGGAUUCUGACAAAGUAUUGCUUGCUGUCGCCCAGAGGCCCGAUGGCAAGAAGAACUGGAUGGUGUCUGAUCAGAAUGGUGUCACCUCAUCCAUCAAGCCACAACAGAUCACAUUCAUUGUACCGGGAAUUGAAAACUUUGACCCCAAAGAGAUUUCUGACUUUGUUCGAAGAGCUGAGAGUAACUUGGAUCCUACACUGCUUGAGUUUGCAUGGGUUGAGCUUCUUGAAAAAAAUAAAUCUGUCACGCCAGAAGAAUUGGCAGAGAUGAUUUUUGGUAGUUCAGAGCCUUUGGAGAGCUAUUGUGCCCAUCUCUUGCUUUCAAAGGAUGAGACUUACUUCACAGUGCUUGAGACAAAAGGAUCCUGUUCAGUAUAUGGGCCUCGGUCUACUGCACAGGUGGAGGAACUAAUGCGAAGAAAGCUUGCACGAGAGGCUGCUGAGAAGGAACUCGAGGAGUUCGUGGAGUUACUAAGAUCUGCUAAGCAAAUGCCUUUUGAUGCUAAACCUCGAAAAGCUUCCUGGAUUACUGAAGAAAAAACACGUGUCAAAGUAGAAUCUCUAGAAUGUUAUGCUAUAGAUGCAUGCAAAAGCGAUGAGCAGAAAAAGAUGGCUGGCAUGAUCCUGAAGGCCAUGGGGUUGACUAAAACAGCAUCCUCAGCUGUAAAUCUUCUCAUAGAUAUUGGCUAUUUCCCUGUACAUGUAAAUCUUGAUCUGUUAAAGCUCAAUGUCCACACUGUUCAUUCAGAUGAUAUCAUGUCAGCUGCUGAAAGUUUUUUGUCCGAAUCAAUAGACCUAGAUGAGAUUGACAGAAAGGAUCUUACUCACCUGAAGGUUUAUGCCAUUGACGUUGAUGAGGCAGAUGAGCUUGAUGAUGCACUAAGUGCGUCAAGAUUGCAAGAUGGACGGAUAAAAGUUUGGAUACAUGUCGCUGACCCAGCUAAAUUUGUUCAACCAGGGACUGCAGUAGACAGGGAGGCAAUGAAAAGAGGGACAUCUAUUUUCUUACCUACUGCCACCUAUCCGAUGUUCCCUGAGAAACUUGCAAUGGAAGGAAUGAGUUUAAAACAGGGUGAACUUUGCAAUGCUGUUACGGUUUCCGUUGUGCUGCAUUCUGAUGGCAGCAUUGCAGAAUUUUCGGUGGAUAAUUCUAUCAUUAAACCAACAUAUAUGUUGACUUAUGAGAGUGCAUCCGAGCUGAUUCAUUUGAAUCUUGACGAAGAGAAGGAACUGAAAAUUCUAUCAGAGGCGGCAGCUCUUCGACUCCAAUGGCGUCGCCAGCAGGGUGCAAUAGAUACAGCAACACUGGAAACGCGUAUCAAGGUGGUUAAUCCCGAGGAUCCAGAGCCAUCAAUAAAUCUCUAUGUGGAAGACCAGGCAGACCCCGCAAUGAGACUCGUCUCAGAGAUGAUGAUACUUUGUGGCGAAGUUAUUGCUGCUUUUGGUUCGCAGAACAACAUUCCUUUGCCCUACAGAGGGCAGCCCCAGUCCAAUAUAGAUGUAUCAGCAUUUUCACAUCUUCCAGAGGGACCUGUUCGGAGUUCUGCUAUUGUGAGAAUAAUGCGAGGUGCAGAAAUUGAUUUCAGGAAGCCCAUUCGCCAUGGGGUUCUUGGGCUUCCUGGUUAUGUUCAGUUCACCUCUCCUAUACGUCGAUAUAUGGAUCUUCUGGCACAUUACCAGGUUAAGGCAUUUCUUCGGGGGGAGACUCUUCCUUUCUCUGCUGGUCAGAUCGAAGGGAUCGCUUCAAUUGUAAACAUGAAUGCUAGGAUAGCAAAGAGGCUCUCUAACACUAGUCUCCGGUAUUGGAUACUCGAAUUCAUAAGAAGGCAACCAAAGGAAAAGAAAUACCGAGCAUUGGUUCUGAGAUUCAUCAAGGACCGAAUUGCUGCUUUGUUAUUGGUAGAGGUUGGACAUCAAGCUUCUGCGUGGGUGUCAGUAGGUACCCAGGUCGGGGAUGAAGUUAUAGUUCGGGUGGAAGAAUCUCAUCCACGCGACGAUUUUCUCUCUCUCAAGGAGGCUGUUGGCAGGGUGGAGUAUCAGGAAUCACCAGACACGGAGCAGCAUAUACAACUCGGAUAGAUUCUACUUGGGUUGCUGUCAGACGGUCAGUUUUGAACCCCAAAUACUUGAGGAGUUGGAAAGAGGUCUCCAGCAGAAUUUUAUGGAUAACAUUUUGAGUAGGGAUCGGUUCAACGGCACCACAUGAUUUAGGCUUGGUAAAUUGUUCACUUUACGUAAAGAUUGACUGAAAACUUACAUCUUCUCUGACAUAUAAUGGAAGAGCAUUCACUUCCUGUGGUGCAUUCACCGCAGCUUGUAUUUUCCAAGUUCAUCAAUUUCCCAAUCAAUAGGUGGGCAGUCGGUCUCUGAGUGUAAAUUUUGUCCAAAAAUUUUGGAAACAGUAUAAUGCAGUAUAAUGUAUUGUGACAGAGAUUCGAAAUGUAUUACAGCUUGGGGUAGUUCAUUUCAAUUCC